AUGAAGACUGCUGGCACCUUUAUUGCUCUGGCUGCCGCCGCUGGCACGGCCGUCGCUGCUCCUGCGGAGGGCACUGGACUCAAGUUCAGCGUUCCCGUGGAAAAGAACCCAACUCAGCGCAAUCCCCUCGCUGAUGCUCACUACGUUCUCCGCAAGUAUGCUACCCCGGAGACCAUUAAGGGAAUCGAGGUCGAUCUUCUCGCUCGUCGCGAGGAUGCCUCUUUGUUCCAGCGUGCCGAGAACACCACCAUUGGUGCCUUUCCUCACGGCCAACCGGGCGUUGAUACCUCGUACCUUUGUCAGGUCAGCAUCGGCACUCCCGCCCAGAAGCUGAAGCUCGACUUUGAUACUGGCUCCAGCGACCUUUGGGUGUUUAGCACCGACACCAACAAGGCCGAGACCAAGGGUCAGACCCUCUACAAGCCCGCCGAGUCAACCUCGUCCAAAAUCCUUCAGGGCUUCAAGUGGGCGAUUGGAUACGGCGACAAGAGCCACAGCCAGGGCAUUGUCUACCAGGACGUCGUCAAGAUUGGCACUGCCAGCGUUACCAAGCAGGCUGUCGAGUCCGCCCAGGAGGUCUCUGCCCAGUUCACAAAUGAUACUGGCAGCUCUGGUCUGCUCGGCCUUUCCUACGACAAGGGCAACACUGUUAGUCCCACACAGCAGAAGACUUGGUUCUCCAACAUUCAGAGCAGACUGGCUCAGCCCCUCUUCACAGCUCGCCUCAAGCACCAAGCGGUCGGCUCCUACAAUUUUGGAUACAUUGACGACUCCCAAUACACUGGCGAGAUUUUGUACACACCCGCCUCCACUGACGCUCUGGGCCACCGUCUAUUCAAAGCGAGCGGCUACGCCGUCGCUGAUGCUGAGCUCAACGACCAAGCCAUCACUGGUACCGCCGACACUGUUACCUCCCUCGUAUACCUCCCCACUGACGUUGCAUCCGACUACUGGAGCAAUGUAGACGGUGCCGAGCGUGUCAAGGUUGCCAACGGUCAGUACCUCUGGGCCUUUUACUGCGAUACUAGCCUUCCCACCUUCUCCUUCGGUGUCGGUACAGGCCGCAUCACCAUCCACAGCGACAACAUCAACUUUGCUCCACUGAGCAACGGAGCUUGCUUUGGUGGUAUCGGUGGUAUCGAUGGUGGUCUUGCCAUCUUUGGCGAUGUUGCCUUGAAGUCUGGCUUCGUCGUCUACGAUGAUGGCAACGACCGUCUUGGCUGA